GUCGGAAAGAAUGUGAUGUAUUUCCGGUGUGUGGAAGUUGAAGAAAUACAGCGCCCGUGUCCAAAUAUAACACGAAUCUUGCCUAUGUUUUAACUUACAGGUGUACCUUUUUGGUACACGUGAUAUUUUGUCAUUUUUUCCACUGUCUGCAAUUACCAUUGCUUUAGUCUGCUUGAUACAUCAUCAUGGAUAUUUCGACACCUCCAGAAGACCAAGAGCUGAGAAAUGUCAUCGACAAACUGGCUCAGUUUGUUGCUCGCAAUGGUCCCGAAUUUGAAAAGAUGACGAUGGAGAAACAAAAGGAUAAUCAUAAAUUUUCUUUCCUAUUCGGAGGAGAGUUCUUUGGAUACUACAAGUACAAACUCGCCAUUGAACAGCAACAGCAUUCUUCCACACACGAGUGUGAAGAGUAUAAAUUGGAAGUGAUGUGCAAACCACCUGGGAAGGAGAUCCCAGACGUGCCCCCACCCAUUACCUUGCUGCCUCCGCCGCCUAUCCCUCCGGCCACCCCUGCAGUGGAUGACCUGAUCCAGCAGAGCACGUGGAACCUGCAGCAACAGGAGCAGCACCUCAACACACUCAGACAGGAACAAGUGACGGCGGCCAUUGCUUUAGCAAUGGAGCAGCAGACACAGAAGCUGCUUGCUGACACUCAGCUGGAUGUUGGGGAGUUUGACAGCCUUCUACAGCCAAUCAUCGACACCUGCACAAAAGAUGCCAUUUCAGCUGGUAAAAACUGGAUGUUCAAUAACGCCAAGGGCCCUCCACACUGCGAGUUAAUGUGCUCCCACCUCCGCAAUCGCAUCACGGCAGAGACGGCCCACUUUGAGCUGCGCCUCCACCUCAUCUACCUGACCAACGAUGUCCUCCAUCACUGUCAGAGGAAGCAGCAGCGAGAUCUCCUGGCUGCUAUUCAGAAGGUGGUGGUGCCCAUCUACUGCACAAGCUUCCUGGCUGUGGAGGAGGACAAACAGCAGAAAAUAACCCGGUUACUGCAGCUGUGGGAGAAGAAUGGCUAUUUUGAUGACCUCACCAUCCAGCAGCUCAAAAACCCAGCUGUGGGGUUGGGCCAGUACCAGGCGUCGCUGAUCACAGAGUACGCCGCUGUGGUGCAGCCCGUCCAGCUGGCCUUCCAGCAGCAGAUCCAGACGCUCAAAACACAGCACGAUGAGUUCAUCACCAACCUCAAGCAGCAGCAGACGGUCGCUGUGGCAGCGGCUGCGGCGGCCGUCGGCCAGCUGGCGCCAGCGGACGGGGAAGUGAAGUCACAAGGAGCGCCGCUGACCUCCCAGCCAGGUGAGGGUAAGCCCCCUAUGGCGGGCCCACCUCCAGGAGAUUAUGACGGUACUCCCACCCGACCCCCAGACUCCUCCAAUCCGAGCGGCCCCUCGGACAUCCCAUCCUCCAAGUCCGGCUGGUUCGAACCCCAGCACAACAUGCCAGCCUGGAACCCCCAGCAGCCUCCUCCCUUCGACCCCACUCAGGCCCCCCCGCCAUGUCCUCCGUGGAACAGCCACGAGGGCAUGUGGAACGAGCAGAGGGACCCCAGCUGGAGUGGCCCUCGCGAUGGUGGAGGUGGCGGCGGAGGCCCGUGGAGUGGUCAGUCGGAGCCCCCUCCCUCCUGGAGCGGCCAGUACGACCAGCCGCCCUGGAGCAACCAGCCGGAUCAGCCCCCCUGGGGCCAGAGGGAGCCCCCGUUCAGGAUGCAGCGGCCCCCGCACUUCCGAGGCCCCUUCCCGCCCCACCAGCAGCCGCCACCCUUCAACCAGCCCCCUCCCCCGCACAACUUCGGCCGUUUCCCGCCGCGGUUCAUGCAGGAUGACUUCCCGCCACGUCACCACUUUGAUAGACCCCCAUACCCCCCACACCGUUUUGAUUACCCUCAAGGAGACUUCCCAGGAGACAUCGGGCCGCCACCUCAUCACCACCCAAGUCAGAGGAUUCCGCCCCCAGGAAUGGCUGAGCAUCCACCGUGGGGCGGCAACCAGCACCCGGACUUCGGUCCCCCGCCCCAUGGCUUCAACGGCCAGUCGCCCCACAUGAGACGCCCGGCUCCCGCACACGUCAGCCAGGACGACCCCAGUCUGGUACCCAACGUCCCCUACUUCGACCUGCCAGCAGGCCUGAUGGCUCCGUUAGUAAAGCUAGAAGACCAUGACUACAAGGCUUUGGAUCCCAAAGACAUCCGCCUUCCACCUCCCAUGCCUCCUAGUGAGCGGCUACUGGCUGCAGUGGAGGCCUUCUACAGCCCCCCAUCACACGACAGACCCAGAAACAGUGAGGGCUGGGAACAAAAUGGCCUUUAUGAGUUCUUCAGAGCGAAGAUGAGAGCGAGGCGGAAAAAGGAACAGGAGAAGCGCAACAGCAUGCGAGCCAGCCGUUCCCGCAGUCGCUCUCGCAGCAGGGGGCGCUCUUCGUCACGUUCUAGUUCUAGGUCUUCCAAGUCUUCGCGGUCCUAUUCCAGGUCCCGGUCCCGGUCCCGUUCCAGAUCCUACUCUCGAUCCAGAUCCAGAAGCAGGAGCCGGUCACGGUCGUCACGCAGUCGCUCCCGGUCCCGAUCUCGCUCCAAGUCACCAGACAAGAAACGCCAGGAGAAGUCUCGCAGCCCUACUCCCCCCUCAACGUCUGGGCUCGGUACGGGGUCAUCGGUGCCCAUUGAUCUGCGGCUUGGAGAGGAGAACAAGGGACACCAGAUGCUCAUGAAGAUGGGCUGGAGUGGCUCUGGAGGACUUGGAGCCAAGGAGCAGGGCAUCCAGGACCCCAUCAAAGGUGGAGAUGUGCGAGACAGGUGGGACCAGUACAAGGGUGUCGGGGUAUCGCUGGACGACCCUUAUGAGAACUACCGCAGGAACAAAAGCUACAAUUUUGUGGCCCGUAUGAAAGCCAGAGAAGAGGUGAAUCGGGAACCGCCAGAGCCUGCAACAACAGAAUGAUAAAUCAUCAAUUUAAAACCCCAUCCAUUUUUUUUUAA